CCCCUUUCUAGGUUAGUAACACGACAUAAGGUUUGGCAGAAUGGUGCUGAGUCAGGGCACCUUAACGCAACAUACGGCGAGCAAAGCUCGUUUUGAGCUCUUCGAUUGCGGAUUGUAUGCGGAUGUUCUGCGAGUCGCGAACUUCAGCCUGACUGCCUCUCUGCGGUCUCCAGGCUACUCUUUCCUGUCAGAGGUGUUCAGGUCCUGGUUAGCCAUGGCAUUUCACAUCUUCCCACCUUGAGGAAAGAGGCUUUCAAGACGAUGCUCUCAGGAAGACUAUUCCGUUCGACCUUGCUGCUGACGAGUGGGCUGCUGGCAGUAGCGCAAGCGGACACUAACCAUGCGACAUCGAACCUGAACUUCGACUCUGCAGAGGAGCGAGCGGCGACCACGAGUUUCGGCUACAAGGAGGAUGGUGCAUCGUGGGUGAUCGACUCGGGCGCCGGUCUCACCGUCAAGGUGGAUCAGGGCACGUGCGAUAUCGCGUCCAUGAUCUGGAACAAGGCCGAGUUGCAGACCUGGCAGAGGAAGUCGCACAUCAACUCCGGUCUUGGUAAGAUCAACACCUCCAUCGAGUCUCUCAAGGACAAGACGAUCCAGAUCUCCUGCAAGACCCCGGGCCUUGAGCACACGUACCUCUUCCGUCCGAACGAAAAUGUAAUUUACAUGGGCACGUACCACACCAAGGAGUAUGAAAUGGGAAACCUCCGUUUCAUUGCUCGUUUGGCCCGUAAACCGAUGGACAACCCCAUGGUUCCUGAGUGCAAAAUCGAUAACAUGACUGCCAUCGAAGGCCACGACGUUUUCGCAGACUCGAAAGGUAUCACGGCUUCGAAAUUCUACUCCGGUAUUCCGUUUAUUGACGACAAGGUUCACGGCGUGACGGGUGACGCUGGCGGUGUGUUCUUCAUUAUGUCCGACUACGCUUACGAAAGGUCAGUGGGUGGACCAUUCUUCCGCGAUAUGAACAACCAGUGCACGGAGGCCAACGAACUUACCUUAUGCAUGUUCUCGGACCAUACGCGCUUUGAAGACUAUCGCUAUGGUUUCCAUGGACCCUAUGCUCUAAUUUUCAAUGACGGGAAGCAGCCUGCCGUCACCGAUGUCGACUUUGACUUCUUCCAAGAUCUCAACCUCACAGGUUUCGUACCGGAAACGAAGCGUGGCUCCUGGACCGGUACUAUUACCGACAAGAAUGGCGUGCUGAGUAAUUCUAGUGUCGUGGUUGGCUUUUCCAACCCCGACGCCCAGUACUGGGUGAAGGUGGACUCCCCCUCGAAGCCAUUCACGUCGCCUAAGAUGGUCCCUGGAACCUACAACACCACCAUCUACAAGAACCAGCUUCCCGUCAGCUCGGAAACGAUCACGAUUGCUGCUGGUUCGGCUCCGGCUCCAGCUCCAGCAAGCACCGAGGCGGCUGCUCCGGCACCGGCCACGAACGGAGGACGCAGAACUCAGAGCGUGGAGGGUGCGAAGACCCUCACGGUCACGUAUGAACCCGUGGCCAAGCCGCUCUGGCGCAUUGGUGAGUGGGAUGGUACUCCCGCCGGGUUCUUGAAUGCCGACAAGAUCCACACCUCGCACCCCAGUGACUCCCGCAUGAAGCCCUGGAAACCGCUGAACUUUACUAUCGGCACGGACAAGGACGAGAUUUUCCCAAUGGCGAUGUUCCGUGCUGUGAACGACCCGAUCACGAUCAACUUUGAGUUGACAAAGGACCAGAUCGGCGCGGAUCGCACUUUGAAGGUCGGUAUUCCUCUCGCCCAAAACAAUGGUCGAUGCAGCGUGACUGUGAACACCAAAUUUGAGGCUAAGGUUCCUCUGAGCGCUGCUGUGAAGACACGCGGUGUCACGCGUGGUGUGACCCUGGGCAAGUACAUGUUCUACGACUACGCCAUUCCCAAGACUGCUUUGGUCGAGGGAACCAACCAGAUAAAGCUUUCGAUUGUGAGCGGCAACAAGGACCUACUUGGAAAAUGGUUGUCGGCAUCGGUAGUGUUCGACGCUCUCGAGUUGGUCUAAGAACACAUUGCCUUACGUCAGUACAUGGUAGAACAAACGCAAGCUCUACAUGUAGCAUCCGAAGUUCAUAAAAUUCACCUGAAUUUUUACUUGACUUGGUACACACUCGUUUUUCUUUUUCUUCUCCAG